CUAAUGUGCAGAACCUCUUUCACGGCAUACGAAACGUUCUGAAUCUCGUCUUGUCUCCUGCUACUCUCGAGGUGCUUUUUGAGUGCUCCUCUCAAUCCUUAAAUCGUUAGCUAUUAAGAGUGACAAGGGUUGCGGAUGGCAAGCAAUGCCAGCUCUUCUAGGGAACUGUCCACGUUUAGAAACUCUAGUCAUUGAGGGUCUCAUUCACGAUGUGACGUCUAUGUGCGGCCCUUCACUCGGAUGUUGUCCAGUAAAAGUGAUGAAGAUUCACGGGUUUCAAGGAACGGUGAAAGGGAUGACAAUGAUAAAGCUUUUCUUGGACUAUUUGCCAUGUUUGGAGGAGAUGAGGGUCUAUGUUCAAGAAGAGAAUGAUAGUCCUGCUACAGAGCUAGAAGAAAACCAUGGAGUUUCUAAACGUGUCUUGGAGAUGUUCCAACUUUACAACAAGUCAUCGAGAUCGAGAUGCAAUGUUAAACUCAUGGUGGGCGAUGUUCUUUGCGUAUGAAGUGUCGCUGAAAAGCAAAACCCAUCUUCUAGUUUUUUUACUGCAGUUUUAAGUUUGUGAUUAACUAGCUGUAAAACCGUCUAGAACUACUGUAGUUUCUUCUUGCUUGCUUGCUUGAACUGCUAUAAAAAAAGAGAUAAAAAAAGUCUCUUUUUUUAU